UUAGUUUUAAGCUACUCUUUAGCUUUUUUUUUUUUUUGCGUGCUUUCAGCAAAAGAUUGCUCAGGCUCCCAAGAAAUGGACAGGGGAAGAGAAAAGACCUCUUGCAGGAAGAGGACACUCGGGAGGAAGAGGAGGAGACUAAAGUGGUGAAACCAAAUUUGACUCAGAAAAGAAUAUGUGAAAAGCUUAAGGUCGACAAAGAAAAUGAGUUAGGAAAUACAGAAAUAAGGCAUUUACAGAAUGCCAUAAAGGAUUUGGAGACAAGGAGAGUGACCCUUGAAUGGAAACUGCUUGAGUUGCAUAGUUUAAAAGAAAAGCUGUCAUACAUUGCUUUUUUGCGGAGCAAUUUAGAUGGCAAGACUGCAGAAAUUGACAAACUCAAUUUCACAAUUUUUUCGCUGAAGGCUGAGAUGAAGGAUCUUCAAGAAAUUACGAGGCAGGGUAACUUGGCCGUCACGCAGCUAGAGAUGGCAAAGAGAAUGAUAGAGGAAAUGCAGAUGAAAAAUGGCAAUGCUAGCCAGAUAAAGGAUCAGAUAGUAGUGCUUGAAAAGCAAUUGUCCGCAUUUACAGACAACGAAAACUCUCCUCAAGAUGCUUUGGUUAAAAAGAGACUUGAAGCUGUUAAAAAUAUUGAAUUACAACUCACUAAGAUGAGAAGGAGAAACAAAGAACUUGUGUUAGAAAAAAGGGAAUUGUUAGUUCAGCUAUAUGCUGCUCAUGCCAAAAUAUCUGCUCUUUCUGACAUGACAGAGAGUAAGACUAUUGCGAAGAUUAGUGAACUGAAACAUGCCAAUGGGAAUCUCUCAAAAGAAGUAGAAAGACUGCAGAAGAGCAGAUUUGACAUGGUUGAGGAACUUGUGUGCCAACGCUGGCUCAAUGCUUGCCUGAGGGCUGAAAUCCAAUAUCAUCAAACAUCAUCAAGAAAGACCUUGAAAAAGGAACUUCAGAAGGAUUCAGACCAGAAACCUUGCAAGAUAACUACACAAUAAUCUGACAUGAACAGCACUUCUUCUUACACCUCGUCAACUGAUAGUGAAGAGAUAGAUAGUAGCACCAUUGAAAACUCUUCAAGCAGCCAGAGAAGCAUUAGCAAGAAUUCUGGCGCAGGUCAUAGCACAAGUUGGAGAAGCAUGUAUGGUUCUAGUGUUGUUUCUUCACCAGAUAAGUCCUCCAUAGAAAGUCCUUUGGAAAGAACUGGCAUCAUACGCAGGUUUUCUACUUCAAUGGUGCCUUCAAAGACAGCAAUGCUAAGCACUAAACUGGAUCGUACAUCUAGCAGGAAAAAUGUGCCAGUGCUGAAGGAUUUUACUGAAACUACGGAGAUGCCAAAUCUUACAAAAGUAAGGAGAGUUUCUUUCAAUGAUUCAGUAGAAACAGUUCCAUCAGCGAAGAUAGUUUUAACAAAAUCAGUUGAAGGAGUACCGGAUAACAAGGAAAUUGUUACUUUGGUCACUGGGCACAGAUCAAGAAUGAAGGCAGGCCUGCAGGUUCAAUCUGCAUUGGCUGGAGAGAAACAUGAAUUUCCAUCAUCUGAGAUCUCUCUGGCAAAGCCAGACCAAUCGAGUGAUUCAAAUAGGAGAUCUGUUGACGAGGAUGAUAUUGAUGCACGAAAAGUUAGCAGGAUUGUAAAUGCUCUUCCAGAGGGGGAACUGCAUUCAAGCAUUUCCAAUGCCGUUUCUAAUGAAAAUAAGAUGGAUACUCUCACAAAACCUCCUAUGUUUGCUGUUUUCUUUUUUAUAUUUGUAUUACUUCUCUAUAUCUUACAUCUUUCUGCCAGGAUAUACUAGUUUUGACAUAUUAGUGAAGCAUGAGACAGCAAAUAUUUUUAUAAGCCGAUAUCUUUCUCAAAGACGUUCUUUCACUCAAUACAACUUUUUUCACCAAA